UAUCCAGAUUCUGCCUCUUCGAGUCACGUGGUGCGUAUGCCGGACUUUAUAAUCUCCGAGUUCACCAAAAGUCAAACGCAGCCAAAUGCUUCGGGAUCAUUUCCAGUUUGGUGACUGACAGCUGAUGAAAGUUAGUUGAGGUGGAAUCGCGCUCUGCGCCGUGAGGUGUGACGGUGGUCGCAGCCGCAGCUGGGGUCUUCACGCGCACGCAUCGCGUCACUGGCAGACGAGCGGCGCGUGCCAAAGAGAAGGGGCCAACAUCUGGACGUGUGUGUGGCCGGUUCUGGUUUCGGUGGAUUCUAAAGUGAUUGGGAACGUUCUGCCUCGCGGUGACGGCGAGUUCCUGAAGCAUGAACCAGAGCGCAGGAGCCGCGCAGCACAGCCGGAGAUACUCAACGGACGGGAAGGACCUUGUGUCCAUUGGCCCGGAGAGGAACUGGAAGGGAAUUGGAAUUUCUCUGCUGGUCAUUCUGGUCGUCCUUUCUCUUAUUGGACUGUCCAUCGUCCUUCUCUCCAAAGAUGACAGUGGGAAGCUCUCUGGAACCAUUUUAACACUGGACGACAUCUUUGAUCGAGAAUUCCAAAUCCAUGAUCCUGAUGCAAAGUGGAUCAAUGAGGAGGAGUUGGUCUUCCGGAGCUGGGACGGAGACAUUCUGAUCGUCAACGUUCACACCAACAAGACGGAGCUGCUUAUGAAAAACACUACUUUCGCAACCUUUAAGGCCUCCAAGUUUGCCGUCUCUCCUGAUCUGAACUUUGUUCUCCUGGGUUAUGACGUGAAGCAGAUCUACCAACACUCCUUCCUGGCAUCGUAUCUGAUCUACAACUUGUACACGAGGGAAGUGCUGGAGCUGAAUCCCCCCGAGGUGUCCGACUCUGUUCUGCAGUUUGCCUCGUGGGGCGUUCGAGGUCAGCAGCUGCUGUACAUUUUUGAAAACAACAUAUACUACCAAGUGGACGUCCAGAGCAGCUCGUGGAGACUGACGUCCUCCGGACAGGAAGGAACUGUCUUCAACGGCAUCACUGACUGGCUGUAUGAAGAGGAAGUUCUCCACACACAGGUGGCUCACUGGUGGUCACCUGACGGCACCAGACUGGCCUACCUCACUGUCAAUGACACCGAUGUACCCAAGAUGUUCCUGCCUCGGUUCACCGGCACCCUCUAUCCAAGGGGGUCGGAAUACCCUUACCCAAAGAUGGGUCAGACCAAUCCCAGCGUCAGCCUCUAUGUGGUCACGCUGGAUGGAAGCUCCCUGACCACAGAGCUGAGACCCCCUGACAGCUUGGAAAAGAGCGAACACUACGUCACCAUGGUGACGUGGGUGACCACUGAGGUCCUGGCUGUGCGGUGGGUCAAUCGAGCCCAAAACAUGUCCAUCCUGACGCUGUGUGAUGUCAUCAGCGAAGCAUGUGUGAAGAGACAUGUGAUGACCUCAGAGAAGUGGCUGGACCGUCAGAACGAAGAGCCCAUGUUCUCCCAGGAUGCAACUUCUUUCUUCAUCACUAUGCCAUUGAAACACAGCAGAAUGGGAACGUUCCGCCACAUCACCAUGAUCUCCAACCAAUGGGAGGGCCAAGAUGCCACCCUGCGACAUCUGACCUCAGGGAACUGGGAGGUGACCCAGAUUCUGGCCUACGAUGAGCGAGCAAACUACCUGUAUUUCAUGAGCACUGCGACUGGAGCGGCACACAGACACUUGUACCGGAUCUCCACCGUGGAUCCGCUCCACCAAGACUGCCUCAGCUGCUCGCUCUUCAAGUCCCGUUGUUCCUUCUACGACGCUGUCAUCAGCUCCGACUACCAGCACGUGCUGCUGCACUGCCGAGGUCCCGGAGUCCCUCAGAUGACUGUGCACUCCCUGGCGGAGAUGAAGAACCACACGGUUCUCGAGAACAACAGAGCUUUGAAUGCAGCUCUGACCAACAGACAAAUCCCGAGGAAAGAGAGGAGAACGCUGCACGCCAACAACUACGGUCUGCACAUGGAGCUGUUGUUCCCCGUGGAUUUUGAAGAGACGGCAGAAUAUCCACUUCUCCUCAUUCUCGACAGCGCCCCUGGUGGUCAGGCGGUGAACGACCGCUUCAGUCUGGGAUGGGAGUCAGUGUUGGUCAGUAUGGAGGGUGUCAUCGUAGCCCGUUUGGAUGGUCGCGGUAGCGGCUUCCAGGGUCAGAAGAUCCUGCAGGAGGUCCACCAGAGACUGGGCACGGUGGACGUCCAGGACCAGAUCGCCGCUGUUGAGCGACUGGUGCGACUGCCAUUUGUGGACGGCAGCAGAGUCGGCGUUUACGGAAAGGCUUAUGGGGGUUUUGUGUCCACACUGCUGCUCCUCUCAAGCUCUAUAUUCAGGUGUGGCAUCGCCGACGCUCCCAUCACAAACUGGCGGCUUCAUGGAUCAACCUUCACUGAGAAAUACUUUGGAUUCCCAUCUAGAGAGGAUCUCAAGUACACGAUUUCCAGUCUGCUCAGUAACUUCUCAGCGCCGGGUCCACAGAAAUUUCUCAUCGUCCACGGCACGGCAGAUGCCACUGUUCACUUUCAACACUCAGCUGAGCUGAUUAAAUAUCUGGCAGCAACCAACACCAACUACACUCUCCAGAUGUUUCCUGAUGAAGGUCACAGAGUCUUGUCCCCGAAGAGCCAACGCUUCCUGGCCUCGUCCCUGGUCACUUUCUUCUCUCGCUGCUUCUAUCGAGAAGAAAUCGUAGAGGUUCCAGAGCCGUCCAAGGAAGAUGACUGACCCCCUGCAGCGUGAGAAUCCAUCCUGCGGUCCUGAAGCAAAGCAUCCUGUAGGGGGCAACCUCAAAGACUUCAGCGUCUUCUCCUCCACUAAACUCUUCUCAACAGAAUCCUGAGAUUAUAAUCCUCAUGUGUGUUUCACUGACAGAGAUUAGCAACGGUUGUUUUAAUAAACUCUUGAGUCCGGUUGAUGAUGUCGCUGAUGAUGUCAGCAACUCACAUAUGCAGGUGCCUUUACCUUGUCCGUCUGUUUCCAUGACAACCUUUGCAGCACAGGAAUAUAGGUUUUAAUCUUAGGAGUGUGUUCAUUUAAAUAUAUUUAUCAUUGAUGGUUUGUUUCUGAAGUCUCCGGAAACAUGAAAGACACUAGACUGGCAACAGGUCAGCCAUUUUGAAUGAAUAAAUAUAUGGAGGAAUGAAUGAAAAGCUCCUGGCUCUUUGACCACACCCACACCUCAACAUUUAAAUAGCUUUUGUGUCAUAGAUGAGUUUGGAUCCAAGACUAGACUUUUUGGAGGCAAGAGUUCCUUGGAGGCAAGGAAGUCCAGAACACGUCGCUGCCAAGAACAACUGACUUGCAGAUCACCGUCAGUCAAUGGACAAUUUCUAGAUCUGCACAGUCUGACUAUAGAGACAACUGAGACAAGUCUUUGAGAGGUGCAGUGACACUUUGAGAGGCCCAGGAUUAAGGUGGAGAAACUACGCCAAGACUUUUAUGUCCAGAGCUUUCAAGAAGGCAGAGUCAAGUCUAUGAGUUUGAGAGCUUUAGUUAGCUAGUGUAACUGUUCAUCCAACUCCACAUCGAACCAUGCUAUACUUACAGCGCCGGUUGGGUAAAGGUACAACUUAAAGCUGUUGGUACCAAGACCUGCUCAAAUAUGAGACCAUAAUGGUGAAGUUAAAAGUGUACAGUGUAAAGAGAGUGGCUUUAAGCAAACCAGACUUUUUUAGGGGCGCAGACACCAACCCAAGAGGAGAAAAUGUUUCAGUCCAUCUCAAGCAAGGACCUGUACUGCUAGAUGUUAUGGUGUCACAAGACUUAAAGCCUUGUACAGUAGAUCAUGACACAAACUGGACUUUGGCGCCGUGACAAGAGCUAACCAGUUAUCCAAAAAAAAACAAACAAAACAAAACAAAGGAUCAUUCUUCAGGUUGCCUAUCCAUCACAAACCUGCAUGUUUGGGGCAGAAGCAGUACACACUGUUUAAACUGUACAACAAUGUAACCAAGGACCUGAAAGCAACUGGCUCAGCAGUCUCAUAUGUAAAACUUGUUCACUACCACUGAGACUCUGAAGUGUGUGGGCGGCUUGUUCCCAAUCUUUUGGUGUCUGUCUCUCGUCUGUUCACCACGUUCACGUUGCACUUGUGUCGCCUGAAAUAAAAAACUGUCA